AAUCUUUGCAGUGGGAUAAGAAGCCUUUCUGGCGUUUUUUCCCGCUAGCAUUGUGUCGUUAAUUCUUGCUUUUUAUAUAUAAGAGGUGCGAGGACCGACUAUGAGCGAAGUAGUUUGCAAUCGGAGCUGAGCGUUACAAGAGAUUUUCACACAAUGCAACAACCCACCUGUCUAGCAAUCGUGCUGGCAAUCGUCGGAUCGGCGAUUGCAUUUCCGCAGAGUGAAGUUCCCGUACCGCAGGAUGGUACUAUUCUGUUAAGCAGGCCAGCUGGCGAAGCUCCACCGGAAGUAGUUGCUGCCGACUCACCCAUACAGGAACAACCCAUUCAAGUACCGAACGAAGCUCCAGCGGUCGAUCUAUCUCAAGUGAAUGAAGAUAACAGUAAUACGGAGCAGGCGGCACGCCAGAAGCGUCAAUUCGGGCUUGGCGGAGUCGGAGUUGGAGUGGGUCUAGUCGGUGGUGCAGGAUUACUUGGAGGUGGCCUCGGCUAUCCUGGAUACGGCGGAUAUGGUGGCUAUCCAGGUUACGGUUAUGGUGGAGGAUAUGGAGGAUACGGAUAUGGCGGUUAUGGCGGAUAUGGUGGUUAUGGUUAUGGCGGUCACCACCACCACCAUCAUGGGCAUCAUCAUCAUCAUGGGUGGUAAAGACGGUUGAAUGGUUAAUGCAAAAGAACAACGAGAUUGUGAUAUUUUUGUUUUACAAUAAAACUAAGGCAAUGUGUAAGUAAGAAA